AUGGAAGACCUGGCUCUACGAGCAGGCCCACAACCAGUGGACGGGGUUGACACUGGUCGUAAUGUGAUUGUGGAGUGCAGUGAGCUGGUGGGGCUGCCCACCUCGCUGUGCCUGCUGUCGUCCCUCACACAUAUGAUAAUGAGUGAAUGCCCCGCACUGGCAACGCUGCCACAUGCCAUGGGCCUUGGCCUGCAUUGCGUGCAAGAGCUGACUCUCAAGUGCAAGAAACUCACCCACCUGCCUCCGUCCUUCUUCCGGCUGACCGCGCUUGAACAGCUAAGCAUCGUUCACCUGGCGCGCGUGAAAGGGCCCCUGCCAGGCGGCUUCAGCUGCUUCACACGCCUAAGGGAGCUCUCUCUCCUUGCCAUGCCGCACCUCACAGCCCUCCUGGCGUCACUGGCUGCCCUCGCCCCCACGCUCACCAGCCUCCAUGGGGCGUGCUGCUGCGAGUUAGAGGUCGUGGCAGAGGAGCUGAGCCAGCUAACCAUGCUUCACACGCUCACCCUCACGCGUCUGGAUAACCUGAAAUAG